AUGAAGCAAUCUAGUCAUUCUAGUGAUAAAGAUGGGUGGUCUCAUCUCACCCCCCCUGCAACCAGUCAGAACAGGCCUCAUGAGGCUAUCCCUGACCACUCGACUAACAAUGCCUUCGAUAAUCCUUCUGGACUACAUGGUAACUCGUUUCUUUUCUUCGGCGCCGGUAUUGCUCAUGAUACGAGCUUCGGCUCCCAACCCCAAUGCUCUCAAGACCUAUCGGAAGAGCUGGACAGCAUGCCAUCCGCUCCCGGCUGUCCUAUCAUGCUUUCCAGGAAUUCAAUGAAUCCGCAGUUUCUUGAAUGCUUCCAACUCCAGCCUCCUGCUGCCAUUGGAAAAUAUGAUUGCGAAGAGCCGACGGUGUCGCUCUUGGAUGGACAGGUCUCCAACCCUUUCCAGACGACGAGCUCUGCUCCUAUUGAGGUUCCUCCAGGCAGUGCAGAAAUCCCCGAGAUCUUUCUGAACUCUGCCGACAAUACCGAAUCAGAGUACUACUACUCUAGCUCAUAUUCAAGUGGGCAGGAAUGCAGCUAUCCCGGCACUCCGCACACACCAAGCGUGAAUAGCCCCCUGAGCGACGCAGGUUCUUUUGCUCAAUGUGACGGGAGAUGGCUCUGUGUCCGAUGUGCUCAAGGCUUUGAUGGGCGGCACGUUCCCAUGUGUACCAAGGCUCACUUCAAAGACCUGAUUAAAAAGAUGUCGACCCUCUCUAGUAUGCCACCCUCACUCCGCGGGCCGAUCUUUGAACUGCUAGAGUUUCCAGUCAGCCUUGAUGAAGUAGACAUCUCUCACGAGAACCUUGGCAAAAUUAAGGACAUCAGCGCCGACUGGAAUCUAGAGAUCUACUACGGAAUUUAUAGGCUACGCGUCAUCGAUCUGACCGAGAUGUGGCGGUCAUUGUCAACUUUGCAGAAGGCCAGAUUGAGUCCAAUCCCUUUCCCCGCCGUCUUCGACAAACACUAUUCGCGAGGCUCGCGCCCAGAGAAGAUUUUCCUCCGGAGGGGAAACCUCCCUGUUCACCUUAGGAUGUAUGUCCGAUGGACUAAUGUCCUAAAGUUUACCACCCUGCACAAAAUUUCCAAAGACGGGGAGAGGAUGGAGAGAAUUGCUCCUCAGCUCUAUCAGAUUAUGACCCAGGUAGUCCUGAUUGAGCUGCGCAGAUUUGAGCGCAAUAUCUAUGAAGUGCUCUCCAAAAGCCUUCAUCACCAGGGACCAAGAGAUAAUGAUCCAAAUGCGGUGCCCGAGCUGGUCACCGCGCUCGGCUCUCUUCUACUCUCACUUCGCUGGCAGAUUUGCGUCUGGAAGAAGUACCGGCCUGUUCUGGCCCAGGAUAUAAAUCAGGAGAAGCGAGAGUUACGAUUCGCCCUGAUUCAGGACAUCUGCAAGAGAUUGUACCCGUACUAUUUCCUCUGCCGAGAUCGGUGCUUGCCAGAUCCAGCCAGCCUGGUGCCCGGGAUGGAAACGCACUAUGCCAACAUGACGGGAAGCAUUCGUGAGACUUUCCCAACCGACUUUUCCGAGGCCGGCUUUAAAGCAUGGAUCCUUGAUGGAGAUGAUACCGUGCGUAAUUGCCGAGUUGACGAGCAAUCUCUUAUCCAGUCGAUCCUUUAG